AUGAAGCCCUCAACCCUCCUCCCCCUCCUCCCCCUCGCUGCCGCCGUCGACAUGGCCCCCUACAAGCCCGCCGCCAACGUCGACGCCGCCUUCGCCCCCUUCGUCGAGGCGUACUACCUCGCCUCCGAAGACAAAGCCGCGACCACGACCUUCACGGACUUCUGGCCCGCCACGGGCCAGCUGAUCAUCGCAGGGCGCACCUUCUCCGGGUACGCGGCCAUGCUGGGCGUCAAGCAGAGCCUGCUGCCGCCGGCGGGGGACAAGUCGUGGUGGCACCUGAUCCGCGGGGCGAGCGUGGCCGGCGAGACGGCGGAGAGCAAGACGUUUGUGGCGGAGAUUGUGAUUCAGACGACGUAUGUUGGGGGGAACUGCUCGCAGGCGUAUGGCAACGCGAGCUUUACGAUUUUGAAGGAUGCGGAGGGGACGCCGCGGUUGGAGCCGCAUUCAGAGAGCUUGAGUGUGUAUAACCUCACUGUGUCGACUACGGACUCGCCCACGGAUAUCCCGUGCAGCUCUUCAUGA